UGGCUGAGAGGCCCCUCGGCCUCAUCCUCCGCCGCCUCGCUCGUCCCUCCCUCACCCUCAUCCUCGCCGCCGCCGCUGCCACAGCAGCAGCCCUCGCUCGCUUUCCGCCCCUCGCCGGGUGAUCUGCUCUCAAGCCCGGCUUGUCCUCCACCAGCUUGCGCACCUCCUAGGCUAUCCCCGCCGGAAAACCUGGCGCAGAAGAUCGGGAAAGCCGUCCGGAGGCCCGGCGCCACCUCCAAAGCCAGGGUUCACGCUGACGUUAACGUCGUUCGCCCGAAGGAGUACUGGGACUACGAGAACCUUACCGUCCAGUGGGGAGAUCAGGAUGAGUACGAGGUGGUGCGGAAGGUAGGAAGAGGUAAAUACAGCGAGGUUUUCGAAGGUGUUCGUUGUAGGAACAAUGAGCGGUGCGUCAUUAAAAUUCUUAAGCCUGUGAAGAAAAAAAAGAUAAAGAGGGAGAUAAAGAUCUUACAGAACCUGUGUGGUGGGCCAAACAUCGUGAAAUUGCUUGAUAUUGUUAGAGACCAGCAGUCGAAGACUCCCAGUCUAAUAUUUGAACAUGUUAACAACACUGACUUUAAAGUUCUUUAUCCAACAUUGUCCGAUGUUGAUAUUCGAUAUUACAUUUAUGAGCUGUUGAAGGCGCUAGACUACUGUCAUGCACAAGGCAUCAUGCAUCGAGACGUGAAACCACAUAAUGUCAUGAUUGACCAUCAGCAGCGGAAGCUUCGGCUAAUUGAUUGGGGUCUUGCUGAGUUUUAUCAUCCAGGAAAAGAAUACAAUGUUCGAGUUGCUUCAAGAUACUAUAAAGGCCCUGAACUUCUCGUAGAUUUGCAAGAUUACGAUUAUUCCUUGGAUAUGUGGAGCCUUGGUUGUAUGUUUGCUGGGAUGAUAUUUCAAAAGGAUCCUUUCUUCUAUGGUCAUGAUAAUUACGAUCAGCUGGUUAAAAUAGCCAGAGUUCUUGGAACAGAUGAGUUAAAUGCUUAUCUUAGCAAGUACCGCUUGGAACUUGACCCCCACUUUGAGGCACUCAUUGGAAGGCAUGCAAGGAAGCCAUGGACAAAAUUUAUCAACCCUGCUAAUCAACAUUUGGCUGUUCCUGAGGCUAUAGAUUUUAUGGACAAGUUGCUACGAUAUGAUCACCAGGAACGGCCAACGGCGAGAGAAGCAAUGGCUCAUCCUUAUUUUAAUCCAGUCCGAAAUGCGGAAGCCAGCAGAACUUGCAGCUAAUAGGUACAAAUGGUGAAAGCCUGUAGGUACCGCUGGAGGAACAAGAUUUCUCUCCUCCCCCACCCCCUCUCUCUCCUUUUUCUUCCCUGAGAUUGCCUUUGCGUAUUCGUCCUUCAAAAGAGGGCUGUAGUCCUGGAUAUUCCAAUUUUAUCUAUGUUUCUACCAUUGAUCCUGAAUAUGCCAAUUUCAUCUUAUCCAUACCAAUCAGUAUUCCCCCUACUCUUGGUUUCGCUCACUUGUUAACUCAUUUUGUACGUCUCUUGAUUGUUUCUUGUAUUAAUAUCAGUAUCAUACUGGGGCCGGUGCGUCUGCAAUUAUUACGGUCAAAUCUGUGAUGGAAAACUUAUGAACAGUCUUCGGAGAAUCGUGCGAGAUUGAAUUUGCCUUUGCA